CAGCGGCGCAAGUGGAAAUUAGAUUUGAUUGCACAGCUGGCAUCAAGAAUCAGAGCAGAUCCCAUCCCUCUGACAUUAGACCCCAUGGAGCUGAAGGAGCUGGAGUACAGACCUGUGAGGGUCCGAGGGCGCUUUGAGCACUCCAAGGAGCUGUACCUGCUGCCCCGCUCGCUGCUGGACCCCGAGCGGGAGGCGCGGGAGGCCGGGAGGAUCACAUCCCACCCCGAGAACGGGGCCAACGUCGUCACCCCCUUCUACUGCACAGAGCUGGGGGUCACGAUUCUGGUCAACCGAGGAUUUGUGCCCAAGAACAAAUUGAAACCAGAGACCAGGCUGGCAGGACAGAUUGAAGAUGAGAUUGAUCUCACAGGGGUAGUGAGGUUAACAGAAAAAAGGAAACCCUUUGUGCCUGAAAAUAACAUUGAACAAAACCGCUGGCACUACCGGGACCUGGAGGCCAUGGCCAAGGUGACUGGUGCUGAGCCCAUCUUCAUCGAUGCAGAUUUCAGAAGCACAGUCCCAGGGGGGCCCAUCGGGGGCCAGACCAGGGUGAGCCUGCGGAACGAGCACAUGCAGUACAUUGUCACCUGGUACGGCUUGUGUGCUGCAACUUCCUUCUUGUGGUACAAGAAAUUUAUACAGAAGCUACCUCUGUGAGGGGAAGGAGGAAACCUCUUUGUGCUACAGUCAAGAGCAGACUUAUGGAUGACAGGAACCUGAGAAGUCCUAAAUAACUGAAGCACCUGAAUUCCAGAGCAGUUUCAGCAAACAUGUUAUCAAACUGCAAAAAGACUUAAAAGCAAUCCCUGCAAACUGAGCUCCCACCAGUCUGAUCUGGCUGCAGAUUGGGAGCACUGAACUUCAAGAGUUAUCACAAGAAUAGUUUCCUAUCCUGGUUGAUUGUAAGCUACAUUUCAACAUCUCCACUUUUCCCUAAGACAAAUCCAGAGGAUUUUUGUCAAUGAGCCUAUUUGCAGCAUGUAGUCCUUCCUGAAGUCAGGAAUGGCUCACAGCAGUUGCAGCAGAAUAAAUAAAGGCCUACAGGUCUUUGCCUUGUGACUUGCAUCAUGCAUCUUACAUGGAACAGCAGCAAAUCUGAAUUACAAGGUUACUGUGCACACUCAGGUCUAGCUGGGGAAGGCAGCCUGUGGCUUUGCAAGGGGAUGAGGGCUCGCAAAAACAAGCAGCUACCACAGCUGGAGCCUUGGUAGCCUCCACAGUGCCACCAGACCAAGUCAGCACUUGGGAAAGAACACAACCACAGGAAGGUCUGGAUUCUUCCCCCUCAGCCUGCCUUCACUGCAAGAGACACUGCAGGUGUGGAAGGCUGUAACACUGUGUGUAACCCAAACUAUAACCCACUCUUAAGGAGAAAUUGAGAGCUAUUUCCAACUUAGACUUGCAAAACCAAGCCAGAACUAGCCCAGCCCAGUCAGCUUCAAGAUCCCAAAGCAUGUGCAGCUGAGCUGCUGAGCUGUGUGUUCAAGAGA